AUGCGCCAGGACGCGAAAGCUUUCGUGCGGCGAUGCAGCUCAUGCCAGGAGCACGCCCGCACCGCCCGACUGCCGGCGGUCUUGUUCACUCCCGUCGACUGUGCUUGGCCAUUCGCGCAGUGGGGACUGGACAUACUCGGACCUCUCCCACCCGCUUCCGGGCAGCGGAAAUACAUCAUCGUAGGAGUGGACUACUUUACCAGGUGGGUCGAAGCCGAGCCCCUAGCAACCAUCACGGAGUCACAAGUGCAAAGGUUCGUACGGAGAAACCUCGUAACUCGUUUUGGUCUGCCCCGGUACAUCGUCACCGACAAUGGACCUCAGUUCGCCGGCAGGAGGUUCCAAGAGUUUUGCGCCAAGCACAAGAUUCAGCUGAGGUUCAGCUCGGUGGCUUACCCCCAGGCGAACGAACUAGCUGAAGUAACCAACCGGUCCAUCAUCGACGGUCUCAAGAGAAGAGUGUCCGCUGCCCGAUCGGCCUGUAUCGACGUGCUCCCGAGCGUCCUAUGGGCGCUGCGCACUACCCUUAAAACCCCAACGGGGGAGUCUCCCGACAGCCUCACAUUCGGGACCGAGGCCGUAUUACCAUCCGAAGUGGCUGUCCCGACUCCGCGGACAGCAGGCUUCGGCGAAGAGGCCUCGGGAGAAGGACUCCGAUCCAACCUGGAUUUGCUCGAAGAAAGAUGGGCCGACGCGCACCGAAAAUCCCUUUCUUACAAAACUGCCGUAGCAAGGGUCUACAACCGGAAGGUACGACCCCGAUCGAUAAAGCUAGAAGACCUGGUCCUACGCAAAGUCGAGGUCAGCCACCCGACCCGAGUAAGGGGGAAACUGGCACCGAAGUGGGAAGGACCCUAUCGAGUCAUCGAGUGUCCCGACCAGGGACGUUCCGACUCGCAACAAUGGAAGGCGACCCCAUAA